AUGGAUGAAAUUGCUCUGAUCGAAUCACCACAAUCCACAUAUAUUACUAGGUCACGUAACGCUACAUUGACAUGUAGAGCUCUCAAUGCCAAACGAAUACGGUUCAAAUGUAAUGGACGAUGGCUAGAUGAUUCACGUCAUAAUGUGACCCAAGGAACUGAUGCAGCCACACAUUUACCAUUUUACAUAGCCAGUGUUGAAAUAGACCGUCAAGAAUUAAAUGUCCAUCCAGGUGAAUUCACAUGCCAGUGUUAUGCUUCCGCCGACUCUGACGUACAAGUUGUUCGAUCAGAAUCUGCACGUGUACGUCUUGCAUGUAAGUUAAUCUUUAUUUCAUUUGAUCGUUACUGA